GGGAAAGAAGUGGAAAUGUUAUGAUGUUCCGAAGACGGCCACUUUCAUAAAAUUGUGUUCUUUUAUCGUAGCCAUUUCCCAGAUGAUAUAAAUUAGCCGCGCCAAAACUUAGUUGUAAACUCGCUAGCUAGCUUGCUAACCUACUAAAUAGCCAGUAAAUAGUGAGAGCUAGCUAUUUUGUUUGUAAUUUUGCUUACACUGCAGAAAUUGAAUUAGGUGUCAGGACAGGUUUUUGGAAUAGAAAUUAUCCAUGCCUGGAUCUAUGGCCUGAACAUUACCUUAUAUAGGCCUGUUUUCGGACUUCGAGGACUUGCAGCCCUAUUCUGCGCUUGUAAAAUGUAAACGAGGAACACGUACAUCCACUUUGGAUAACCGGGACUCUGCCCAUCUCUCCAGCAGCCCUACCCCUCUCGCAGACUCUGACAGCAAAACACUGGGAGGGCACACACUACCAAUAAAUACGAAACAUGUCAUCCUCAGAACAGAUUAUUGCAAUCGUAAUGGAUGAUAAAACCUACAACGUGAGUAAAAGCAAGCUGAUUGAAAAGAGCGACUACUUCCGUGCACUAUACAGUUCUGGAAUGCGGGAGUCCGGAGAGGAUUCGGUCCAGCUCCAGGGAUUAAGUGUACCCGGGCUAGAAUUAGUCCUGGAGUUCAUCAACACCUCCAAAGUGCAGGUUGUCAAUGAGACAUUAGAGGAUUUGAUCGAGACGGCAUCUUUUUUGCAGGUGACUUCAAUUUUAAAAUUGCUCUUGUCGGAAAUCAGGCAGGAUAACUGCGUGGAACUGUACAAUCUUUCGGAGAUUUACGGAACUCACGACCUGAGGAACGCUUGUCUGAAAUUCAUGACCUGUCACUACCACCCGAUGCUCCGGAGAUCCGAGUUCCGAAGCCUCCCGUCUUCCCUCCGCAAACACGUUCGAGAGAUGCGCAUGAAAGGUACGGCUACUCUAGUAGCUAUUGGAGAUUUCAUCGGGACCUGUCUGGACCUAGCAGACCAGGACGAACCCUGGUCAAUGCUUCGUUACGGUGAGUUGGAACAGCGCUGGAAGCCGCUAGCUAACAACCUGCCAUCGGACAUGGUAAACGUGAGAGGGUACGGGUCUGCCGUACUGGACAAUUACUUGUUCAUCGUUGGAGGUUACCGAAUGACGAGUCAAGAGAUAUCGGCAGCCCACUGUUACAACCCCUGUCGAAAUGAGUGGAAUCAGAUUGCGCCCCUGAAUCAAAAGAGGUCCAAUUUCAAGCUGCUGGCAGUGAGUGGGAAGCUGUAUGCGGUGGGCGGACAGUGUCUAGGCACAGUUGAGUGCUACAGUCCAGAGCAGGACUGGUGGACCUGCGUAUCCUCCCUGCCAGACCCGUUGGCAGAGUUUUCCGCCUGCGAGUGUCAGGGCAUGAUCUACGUUAUGGGCGGGUACACUGCCAGAGACCGGAACACCAGCGUGCUGCGCUACUGCCCCACCUCCGACACCUGGUCGGUGUUCAGCUCCUGCUCGGCCCACGUGCGCAAGCAGCAGAUGCUCUCGGUGGAGGACACGGUGUACCUGGUGGGGGGCUACACUCACGAGCUGGAGCCAGAGCGCCGUAGGGCCAGCCAGACGGAGGACAUGCUGACCGUGCAGUCCUACAAUGUGUCCACGGGGGAGUGGCUCCACCUGAAGGAGAACACCUCCAAGUCGGGCCUCAACCUGACCUGCACGCUGCACAACGACGGCAUCUACAUCAUGAGCCGCGAUGUCAGCCUGCCCACCAGCCUGGAGCACAGGGUGUUCCUCAAGUACAACAUCUUCUCUGACGCCUGGGAGGCGUUUCGCCGCUUCCCCGCGCUGGGCCAGAACAUGCUCCUGUGCUCCCUCUACCUCCCCAACGUCCUGUGAACGCGGCAGGGCCUGCGGACUCGGCCCAGGAGCGGAGCGGAGCGGAGCGCCGGGCUAGCCGGGGCUGACGCCACAGGAGGUUCCUGCCCGACGGCGGCUUCCUGGAGCAGGUGGUCGUAGCCUUGCUAGCCUUGUGAACAGAGAGCGGCUGGGUGUCUCAAAGUGCUCGAUCUGCCUGUUCAACGAGAUGCUGUAGCUGAACCGCUCCAUCCGAAAGAGGGUCCCUGAACGUGCACUGUAAAUGGCUUGAAUGAGAGUGUAAUCUAAGAAUAACAAAACAACGAGCUUUCGGUAGUUAACUUAAAGUGGGCUCCUGAGAUGUGUUUUGAAUCCACCACUCAUACGUUAGGGGCUGUUGCUGCUUGAAAUUCUCCCACCUACGCUGUGUGGGAUAACACCAACCAUUCCAUUUGCCACUGCAGAGAAUGGCCUCUUUCCCCAAAGGGGAGGAGAUGAGUUUUGCACAAAAUCAAAAGUACAUUUCAAACCUUGCAAGAACCAAAUUUUCAACACUAAUAGAUCAACACUAAUCAGAUAUUUACAAUAGAACAUAAAAUAAAAAGGUACUUUGCCAGAACAGGCUCUGGUUUUACAUGGCCUGCUUUGGAGUAGAGAUUCUGGAAAGUGGAGCUACUUACUGAGGUCUCCUGCUGUUACAUAUGAGGUCCCUCCAGCUGCCUCUGUUUCCAUUAGUCUUAAAAUCUCAGAGGUGAGAUGUCCCAGUAAACUCUAAUAUGCAUCUCUUUUUGCAUCCAUAUUUUGUAGAAAGGGGUGAUGAAAUAUUCUUACCCUGCACAUUACAAGACACCCUAGAGAAAUGCAGUCAGAACCUUAAAAAGGAUUGAAGGACCAGUCUAUUGACAUUUCCAGAAUGAAUGGGAAUUGCUGAAUAGGACCCAAAUUAUAACCACGGUUUAACUGAGUGUUCAGUGAACACAAUGGCUACAGUUAACUCUAAGAUGUAAGCUGGAGGAAAGUUAUUAUUACCGGCUUUAUUUAAGCACUACAUUUGAUUUCAGCCUUCUUGAAGUCUAAAGAUAUUGCACAAAACAUGACGCACAAAUCUAUACUUAAAAAGAAAUAAAUAAACAGUAUUAUAUUGCGAGCUACUGGCCAAAACUGUUUUACAAGUGUAAACAGGAGAAUUGUGAAGAGAGGAGCCUUAUUGAUGAGAAAUUUAGUUUUGAGAGGAUAAAAUAAAUCUUUCCUGUGGUGAUAAACGUUAUGGGAGCAUAACAUUUCAGUUUCUGAGACUGCGAGAGUAUUUUUCCGUUGUUGUUUUCAUUUGUGAGACUUGGUGAAUGUUUUAUUUGUCCCUGUUUAAUGCUGUUCAGUGUUCCACUGAGGCCUUUGAUAUUAGAAUAAUAAAUACAUCUCUUCAGGGAAGUGA